AUUCUCAAGCUCUGCAUUUGACAGAUGUGAAAAAGUGUUAUUGUGCGGAUGGUUGGUGUGUUGCUGGUCCAGCAAGUUUUUCUGUGGUAAUCCGGAAAUAUUUUGAAAUAAAAAUCCUCGGCGCACGCAAAACGAUGGAAGCUUCCACCGUGGAUGCGUUCUCCUCAUGGCUGAAUGGAAAACUGAGAGAGUUUAAUACAGACGAAAGUGUGUUCGGCUCCUACAUCACGGGCAUCCUCGAGGGGGACGAAAACUAUGAGGAGAAAACGGAGGCCCUGGAGGGCAUCCUAUCGGAGAUUAUUGAAUCUGACUUGAGUACUUUCAUCAAAGAGAUAUUGGACAAAUGGAAUCAAUGUCACUCGGAGGAAACGGAAACCAUGGCGAAGGUCAAACUGGACGUCGAUGAGCAGCUGGCAAAAUUGCUGGAAAAUCAGAAACUCACCAAAAAAGUCGAACGAGAGUAUACUGAUGAAGAGCGGCGGAUUAAGCAGCAGAUUCUAAUGCAGUAUAGUCAGCUCUCGGAAGAUGAAGCCGAUUAUGACGAGGAUGAGGCUGGCACCGCUGGAGCGGUUGGUUCCUCUGACGGCGGACUUACGCGAAACACAAAUGCCGCUGAUGUGGCUGCGCUUGUGAAGGAAAAGCGAGAGCAGGCCAAGCUCGAAAGCCAACAAAAGAAGGAAAAGGACAAACAGGAUCGGGAAAAACAAAAGCAACUUCGUGAGGAAAAGAAGGAAAAACGUAAAACCGUCAAGGGUGAACGGCGGCGGUAGCGCCCUUGAACGGAGCAACAGUAACAACAGCAAUGGCAAUGCAGUAGUGGCAAACCAUUAACCACUGAGAGAUGACUAAUACUAAAAUACAUAAGAUGAAAUACACUGAAGCAACAAAUCGAAUUCUCAAAAUUCGAUGUCCCAUCUAAUUCUACAAUACAGAUAAAUCAAAAUCGUGUUGACAAUGGUAUUGUAAUACAUAUUAGCAAUUGAAUGUUAUUUCUGCUUCGAAUGAAAGUAUGCAAUCCUAUA